AAAUCUGAGGCUUUCUUUUGUCUACAUGCAGAAAAAUCUAUUUACUAGCUUCACACAAAAUUUUAAAUUUUUCUUGAAAUACACUACUACAUUUAUCUACCACCCAAAUCUUUCCUGGGAUUUAUCGUUAAAAAUCUCAUGUUGAGGCUGAUGGGUAGUCGACUUAGACAUGCUGUUGUUAUUAAACUGCAGUUUUAGUCACAAUUUGCCUCACAAAAUCUCAUUACCCAGCUGGGCUUUUGUUUGUUUUUCUUCUUAUCUCUUCAAUAGGAAGAAAUGGUGAAGUUGUGUUUGAUGGCUUCUCAGUGUUCUCUUCCUGGUUUUGUCUUUAAUCCUGAUCAAGGCCUGCGCAGACUCUCUGCCGAUUAUCAGCCUCUUUUUCUCAGUCCCGAAUCACCACAGGAUUUGGUCCGACCAGGCUUCCUUGCUAUGAAUCCUCAAGGCCCCCUUCAGAUUGACCGACCAUUGAACUAUAUGAGAGGGUUUUUGGAUAGUAACAAGCUUGUUACGAUUGACUCAGCUAUUAGAAGGCGCGAACUGAUUGAUGUACAAGGCAACAGGCGCGACUCUAUACUAUUUAGCUAUGGAAUUGCCAGAGAAUGCAGAAAUCAGGAGGAAAUCUUAGCUUUCCUCUCAUCUGGAUCAAGUGAAGUGGAAGGUGGAUUGAAGUUAUCUGUACUGAAUGACUUAAUGGGGCUUCAAGCGAUUCCAACAGAAAUGCCUCAGGUUUUGUAUUCACCUGACUAUGGGUUUUGUUCCCAAAGUGCCGAGUCUCAGCACACUUUUUUACCUCCUAGUAGUGACUUCUAUUCUGAGAAGCCUCUUGCAAACUUAGAUGGUGAUGUAAAUCAUGAGUCGGAAGGUAUGGUUUAUCUGGAUAACCAAGCUGCAUUGUCUUCUGCUCAGAAUGACAUGAAGGACAGACUUUAUAUUAUUGCUGAAUAUUACUUGUCAAAACACUCAACAAAGUGGAGAAAGCAAUCAGUGCUGGUUCCUCAGUUUGACAGGCUGGAAUUCACUGAAGCAAGGGCUACUAAUGGCUCCCUGAAGAUUGAACCCUUGAAUGUUGUCCCUGUAAAGAGUCCUCAGAAAACCAGACUCAGGUCACCACAGAAAAAGAAGUACAAUCGAAGAGUAGGAAAAGAGAGGGAACAAUGCAGAAAGAACUACUCUUAUUCUUGCGAGAGUCUUUUGUCCAUAAUUGUUGACAAGAAGAGGCAUGGAAAAACAGCAAUCCUUGAGCUAAAAAAAUCUGGUCCUGAGUUGAGCCAUCUUCUGACUCAAUUCUCCGCCAGCAUUGCCGGGACAGGCCUUGCUCUUCUCUUCUCUGUAGUCUGUAAAGUAGCUAUUGGAAGCGUACCCUUUUGUGCAUCAAAGCUCUUGAACACAGGAUUGGGGUUCGGACUGGUCUGGCUAUCUUGGGGAGUCAAUAGGCUGAGAAACAUGAUUGUUCAUAUAAGCAAAAAUUCGGACAAGGGAGCUGUGAAGGAAGUAGAAAUGUUGAAGAAUUUGGACAGUAGUGUAAAAGAAAUCUUCUUCAGAGCCGCAACGUUGAUGGCAAUGAUGGUGCUGAGGCUUGCAUGAACUUGAGGUAAGGAUAGAUGCUUGUCUAUGGAGGUUAAUACUGAUCAGAAAAUGUACAUUCUGAGUUAGGAGAUGGUUAAAAUGGCACGAGGCAAUGAGUUUGAAGGGUUUGGCUGGAUUGGCUCAGAGGAGAAAUUUUGUAUUCUUGAUUGGAAGGUGUUCAAGAAAUAUGUAACCUCAAGGUUAGUUCUGAUCAUCUAUCAAGUGAUGUUUCAGGAGUACAUUUUGCACAUUGGCCUGUAUAUUUAGUGCAGAGGAUUGGCAACUUUUUGGUGAUAUGUCAGUGUAAAACUAAUGUACUUGUGCAUAUUACAAAAUAAAACUAAUUUGUUUUUUUGUACUAAA